CCUGUGGCAAGAGUCCCGUAGUGGAAAGUUACUGAGCAAAGCGGUGUCAAUUGCAUGAACGGAUGUGCAGUUAUAUCGGUCGAAUAUCAUCGUCGCGCGUGUGUCACACGUGUCACAUUAUCUCGAACAGUUGGGACUUGAUAGGUAGGCCCUAUAUAAAAUCACUUUGGCAACUAUGGCUGCUGUGCAUGUGACGAAUUUCUUUCAUCGGUUGACAAAAUGUGGCCGACGGGUAUCCUGCCAUCCCUGGCAUCGGCAUUGUGUGAGGAGGUGUAUGGCAUCUUUGCAGAGCUUUAAGGCCAGCGAUCUGCAGAUUGAGCGCUCCACUAAUCUGAAGCCCAAGCCGGACUCUGAAAACCUCAUCUUUGGCAAGGAAUUCACAGAUCAUAUGCUGGUCAUUGAUUGGUCCAAGGAUGCUGGCUGGCAGGCACCAAAGAUUGUCCCAUUUGGCAAUCUGUCCUUACACCCCGCCUCUUCGUCUCUGCAUUAUGCUCUGGAGCUGUUUGAAGGCAUGAAGGCCUACAGGGGAGUGGACAACAAGAUUCGCCUCUUCCGUCCACGUGAGAACAUGCAGAGGAUGGUCAACUCCGCAGAAAGAUGCGCUCUGCCAGUAUUUGACAAAGAGGAGCUGCUGAAGUGUAUGUCCAAAUUGAUCAGCCUGGACCGAGAAUGGGUGCCCCACUCCACGACUAGCACACUGUAUAUCAGACCAACCAUGAUUGCAACAGAGCCGUCGCUGGGUGUCAGCCCUCCUGGUCACGCUAAACUGUUCGUAAUCAUCGGGCCUGUGGGUCCCUACUUUGCAACCGGAGCGUUCAAUCCUGUCCGGUUGUACGCCGACACCAAGAAUGUCCGUGCGUGGAAGGGUGGCGUCGGCUACGCCAAACUGGGAUGCAAUUAUGGGCCGACCGUCAUGCCGCAGGUGGAGGCUGUGACCCAAAAGCAUUGCCAACAGAUACUGUGGCUGUACGGAGAGGAGCAUUACGUCACCGAAGUGGGCACCAUGAACAUUAUGAUGUACUGGCAGAACGAACAGGGAGAAAAAGAGCUGAUCACCCCCGAGCUGGAUGGAACAAUCCUGCCCGGCGUCACGAGGAAAAGCCUGCUUGAACUGACUCGCAAAUGGGGAGAGUUUAAAGUUACUGAGCGAACGUUCACCAUGAAGGAAGUAAUGAGAGCAGUCCAGGAAAAAAGGAUCUAUGAGAUGUUUGGUGCUGGCACAGCUUGUGUCGUGUGCCCUGUCUCCAGCAUACUCUACCAAGGUGAGGAUUUGCAGAUCCCAACGAAGGACGACGGUGCCAACCUAGCCGUCAGACUGUACAAUGAGCUCAAUGAUAUACAGUUUGGCAGAACGGAGAGCGACUGGGUGUACGAAAUUGAAUGAUUCCUCAGCAGCACGCUGUGUCGUCUCUCUGAAAUAAUUCAAACAUGCAUCAUUGUUUGCUACAUCCAAAUUCCUUGACCCUCUUGCAGCCGAUUUCACAAGACUCGGCAUCACCUGGCUUCGACUUUGCGCGGCAAAGUUUUGGUGUACUUGCGAUUGACUUCACGUGGGAUUUACUUCACAACAUAGUGUUAAGUUUUACAAUUUUUUAAACAUCCUGAACGUCAUGGAUAAGGAUGAUCAAGUUCCCAACAGAAGUUGUUCCUUUUAUACCGUUAAAAGAAAAAACACAUUUGUUUUUAAAAUUGUGAAGCAGUAUUUUAAACUAUUUGGAGUGAAACAUUGAAUUUGCCAUAUAAAUCUCGAUAUUAGACGCGCGCGGAAUUAAUCUUGACUACGAUCAGUAAAAUCGGCCAUUUCGAAUUUUGGGCGGUAGUUAACAACACUUCCAUCCUUUCGUGUGAAAUCGGCGAAAAUUGGCUGCUGCACAUUUCCUCGGUAAAUAUCCCGACACGGAAGGAAACUUAACUCUCAACGGGUAGCAUCUUUUCCCCAUAAUGGUCAAGAUCACUCCAAUGCAACUAAGAUGUCUUAUGUAUAGAACUGUCGCAUGGCACAUUUUGUAUACAUCGAACAGUCAAACCUAUUAACAGAUCACAUUGUUUUAUCAUCUAGUGGAUCUAUUUAUUAUCAGAAAUGGAAACAAUUAAGAGCAAAGGAUUGGGACCUAAGAUAUCUCUGUAGUCGUAAACGCUAACACCCGAUGGUGCGUGGAAUUACUUCAUUCAAUAAGGUGGAAAGAAGUCUGAAGAAUUAUCUAGAAAUGUCAGAAAUUCUUUUGCGCCAACUCAGGGAAAUACAAGAAAAGCAGUUUACUUGCAUGGUCGCUCUCUGCGGCUUUUAUUUAUUUCUGAUGUUUACCUAAACGCAUGACACUUUCAGCGUUCAGACAAGUCCCUCCCUUACUUCCUCUCCAAACCCACCCUCCCCUGAAAGAAAGUAUUGAUUCAAAAAGAAGACAAGAAUUAUAGUAUUUAAUCCCCACUUUGCCAUAAAGCUGCGAUUCAGGGUAUUUGUCCCUGCGCCGAUACGGGGAAGUUCAAAGUCAACUUUUCAAAUGCAUGUAAAUCUGAAAUUUUGAUCCCCUCGCAAAAAAAUCUUUGUUUAACUGUUUUUGUUUUUAUUUAUUUUUUGUUUUUUGUUUCGUGAACCUUUUUUAUUGUCAUAAUUUGAAACCGUUUGUAUGGCAUCUUCGAAACAGUUUGAAAGAAGUUUCUUUAUUCCUUUAUUUUUUUUUUUUUCAUCCGAGCACAACUGAAAAUAUUGAGAACGUCUACCAGGUUACUAGAUUGUUACACGUCCUGGCGAAUUGGUUAUAAAGACUUUGUCUGGGUUUGAAAUACAUGCAUUCCUAAAGUAGACAGACCAUUGAAAUAUUUUUGUUAUGCUGACACUUUUUGCCCCUGGUUAUAAAAAUGUGCAUUACACUAUAUUUUUUCAUUUUUCUUAAAAUAACGUUUUCUGUAUUCCAUGUAGUGGAGAGUAAUAUAUGAAGCGAACCUACAUGUAUAUAGCAUUUCGGCUGGGUAUAUACUUCACAGCCUCAGAGUUACUCCAGUAAAGCCUGGUUUCCAUAUCGACGUAAGAAAUGCAAAGAGCAACGCAAUCAAGGCGCAAAAUGCAACGCAGACAAAUGGAAACAUGUCAAAGGGAAGUGUCGCCGAUAACCAAGACGUAAGGCAAACCAGCCCCAGAUGGAUCGGCGAGGUUGAGCCCGACUGUCUGAGUAGGCCUAUAAAAACACGCACGCUGGCAUGGCGGGCGUACCACGAUGUUUCUCUCGCUUAGUACCACUCAUUUUGUCCAUUUUCUCCUUAUUACUUGCAUAUGCAGCCCCAAUCGUCAACAAAAUAGCUGACCUUUAACAAAUUGCAUCAAAGUGGAGUAUCGUUUUGAUUUCAAGAAGCAACGCUGCCACCUGAAAAGGGCAUUGUUUUGCCUCGAUUUUCCGAGUUUCGGGCGUCAUUUUGUUCAAUUUUCUGAUGGAAUGACGUCGCGCGGCGUCUCUCCAGCGACUGUCUUAUGUUGACGUCUUGCGGACCACCUGCGUUACAGUUGACCACAUGGCGACCACGCUUAACUUACCAAUUGUUGGAAAGGGGUCAAGAUUAACCCUCCAAACUGUUCAGUGAUUUAGUACUUCGUAAAUACUUUCUUGCUAUCAACGUUUUAAAUAUGUUUAAAUAUUUUAGUGCUCAGCAGCGUUUUUAGAGUAUACGGGACAGUGGAAAGUUCUUGUGGAAUCAUGGUAAAUACAGCAGUGAACGUUGUCCUUCAUUUUUUUCUUACCGACGUUGGACCGUGAUUGGUUUGUUCGUCAGCUUAAUGUGGAGUUUUAUAUAUGUGUUUACAAGUACAUACAUGUACAGUAUGUACUAUAUUGUACCUAAUGUAUAACUUCCUAGUCAUUACCAGUUACAAUGGAAUAUGAUAUAACAAGAUCCUUCGGGACUUUACAAAUUACCUUGUUAAACAGGUACAUGUACUUCGCAGUAAUGGCAAACAAACAGAAACAAAGACUUGGGACCUGCUUGAUAUAAACAUGAUGUGUUUAAUUGUAUGUAUCCGUUAAUGGUAAAUGAAUGUAAAGUCAAUGGAUAUGUUACAAACCGCAACGUAAAUAUACGGUUUAGACUUUUUAUCUCCAUGAAUUGAAGUAAAACAUUUUAGAUGCAAUUUUAAAAUCGAUUUUGUAGAUUCGUAGCCAAACUAGCUUGAUUAUCAGCUGUUUGGGGCCAAAUGUUGAAUUUAGAAUUAUUCCUUUCCUUUUCAGAGCCCCCUUUUGGCCGUUGACUGUCAGUCCCAUAGACUCCAAUUUCCAUUGGGAAAUAAAAUGAUGUGUCUUUGUGUCAGCUGUCACUUGUGAUGCUCAUACUGCGGCCAUGUCCAGAAUCUGAGCGUUGAAGAUGAAUUCCAAGGACCCUGUAAUCUUGAGAAUAUUUUUAAAGAUGAAAGCAGGUGAAAGCAAAGUACGUAGGCAGGAAACUAACCAGCUCGUAGCGUCUCAAGUCGGAGGGCUUAAGCAAUGUAGCUGAGAGUCGCUGUCGGGGGAGGUUGGGCUGCGGGGGGGGUACAACUUUGGUAUGAUCUUAGAUGAUGAACCUACAGGGUAGAGCUUUGCAGGUGGUCGUUCAUUUAAGAAAUGUAACCUCCAAAAAAUUAAAGAUAUUGGCAUCUAGGCUUACUGUGUUAUUGGGACUUGCAAUAAUGUGUAAAAUGUGAAGCAAACCAAAAAAAAAAAAAAAAGGAAAUACAAACAAAACUAAAUAAUAAUAAUUCAAUAACCUUUAAUCAUACGUUUAGUUCCCAAACGAGGAAGGCCAGUAACUUGCUAAAGGAAUAGAACAAAAAUAUGUCAGUGUUCAAGGGAUAUUGUGCUUCACUUUGUAAAUUAUAAAAGUAUAAAUACUUACCGAUGUAUGAAAUAGUAUAAGGAAAGGGCUAGACAUUCAUAGUGUGGUUUUUGUAUUCAGACAAGCGGUGACGAGUUUGGACUUUAUCAAUGCAAAUGCGGAUCUAAAAUGGGUUUCCCUCUCUUUUGGGAAGGUUUACUUCCAAUCCACACGGUGCUCUGAAUUUAAUGGGGCGGCUUUGGGUGUUUAUUUCAGCAUUCGUUUUAUUUAAUAAGUUUUAUAAUGCUGUGUAAUUUAGGCUAUUCAUGAAUGUAUAAGCGUGGUCAUUAUUUCUGCCAUUAUCCUCUUCUUUCAUCCGAUAGUUUGUUGUUUGCCUGGUUGCUUCAAUCUGUUUCAUUUGUCGCCUUCAGGAAUACUUCCGUAUUAACAAAAACUGGGUAUUUGA